AUGGCUUUCGCUCGUCUUCCCGCUAUUGUUGCUAUUGCUCUCGCAGCUGCUCAAUCUGCGUACGCUGCCGCUGCUGCAAGACCAGUAACUUGCCCAUCUGGCCACACUACUGCAAACGCCGCCUGCUGUGCUCUCUUCCCCGUUGUUGACCUCCUCCAGGACCAACUCUUCGACGGCGCCGAGUGCGGUGAAGAGGCUCACUCCGCCCUUCGUCUGUCCUUCCACGACGCUAUUGGUUUCUCCAUCCACGGUGGAAAGGGAGGAGGCGCUGACGGUUCUAUUCUCGCGUUCAACAAGACCGAAACCGCCUUCCACGCAAACGGAGGUAUCGAUGAUAUCACUGACGGUCAAUUCCCCAUCUGGCAGCAGACCUCUUUGAGCGCUGGUGACUUCGUCCACCUCGCUGCCGCUGUCGGUACCGCCAACUGCCCUGGUGCUCCUCGCCUAAAGUUCAUGUUCGGCCGCCCAGCCCCCAAGGCCCCUGCCCCCGAUCUCACCAUCCCUGAGCCUACCGACAGCGUCACGAGCAUCUUGGCUCGCUUUGCCGAUGCCGGCUUCUCCCCCAAGGAGGCCAUCGCCCUCCUCGCAUCCCACACUGUCGCUGCAGCCGAUGUUGUCGAUGUCACCAUUCCCGGAACCCCCUUCGACUCCACCCCGUUCACUUUCGACUCGCAAGUCUUCCUUGAGGUUCUGCUCAAGGGCAAAGCCUUCCCCGGUAACGGCUCGCAACCCGGUGAAGUCCUUUCCCCCUUGGCCGGAGAGAUGCGUCUCCAGAGUGACUUCGUCCUCUCUCAAGACCCCAGGACCGCCUGCUUCUGGCAAGAGAUGAUCGACAACCAGGACUUCAUGAUGUCGCAGUUCAAGGAUGCCAUGGCUAAGCUCCAGGUUCUCGGCCAGGACACCCGCAAGCUCGUCGACUGCUCUGAUGUCGUCCCCGUUCCCAAGCCCUUCACUCAGAAGAUCAAGUUCCCCGCCUCCUUCUCCAAGAAGGACGUCCAGAUCGCCUGCCACGCUCUUCCCUUCCCCAACAUUGCCACUGUUGCCGGACCCGCCCCCACCAUCCCCCCUGUCCCCGGCUCUUAA